UCUCUCUCCAUGUGACUUUAUGUUUGUCCUAUAAGUUAAGUUAUCAACAAUCAUAACUGUUGCUUAACGCCUCUCUAAUAACCUCCACCUCACCUUUUCCAUUUGCGUUUCUCAUCCUCCAAAAAUCACACAGAUUUUUUCUCUCCCCUUUCUCUCUCUAACUUUCUCUCACUACUUUCAUCAAUGGACAGUUCCCAUUCUCCUUCUUCCUGUUCCUCAUCUUCGUCCAGCUGUUCAUAUGAAGGACACGCCACCGACACAAUCAAUUUGGAAGCCGAGGAGCCGCGAACGCCGUUAGCCGUCCGCCGUGCCCUUCAGCUUCUUAAAUCCGGCUUACCGGAGUUGCGGCUUCAAGCCGCUCGUGAUAUCAGGAAACUCACAAAGACCUCACAGCGAUGUCGGCGUCAGCUCUCUGAAGCUGUCGGUCCACUCGUUUCUAUGCUCCGAGUCGACUCGCCCGAGUCACAUGAACCCGCUCUACUCGCUUUGCUCAAUCUCGCUGUCAAAGAUGAAAAGAAUAAAAUCAAUAUUGUGGAGGCCGGAGCAUUAGAACCAAUACUUACUUUCCUGAAGUCACAAGAUUCAAAUCUGCAGGCAUCUGCAACUGCAUCAUUGCUCACACUAUCUGCCUCUUCAACCAACAAACCAAUCAUUAGUGCUUGUGGGGCCAUUCCCCUUCUUGUGGAGAUCCUAAGAGACGGAAGCCCACAGGCAAAAGCUGAUGCCGUAAUGGCUCUCUCUAAUUUAUCAACAUACCCUGAUAAUCUCAGCGUUAUUCUCGAAACAAAUCCAAUCCCUUACAUAGUUGAUAUUCUCAAAACAUGCAAAAAAUCCUCAAAAACAGCUGAGAAAUGCUGUGCUUUAAUAGAACCCUUGGUGGAUUAUGAUGAAUGCAGAACUGCCUUGACAUCUGAGGAAGGUGGGAUUCUUGCAGUUGUCGAGGUUCUCGAAAAUGGUACCCUCCAAAGUAGGGAGCACGCCGUUGGAGCAUUAUUGACAAUGUGCCAAAUCGAUCGAUGUAAAUACAGGGAACCGAUUCUUAAAGAAGGUGUCAUUCCAGGACUACUUGAGCUCACCGUUCAAGGGACACCUAAGUCACAGACAAAAGCGCGCACCCUUUUGCAACUACUAAGAGAAUCUCCUUAUCCAAGAUCUGAAAUUCAACCUGACACUCUUGAGAAUAUAGUAUGCAACAUCAUAUCGCAGAUCGAUGGGGACGAUCAAUCUGGUAAAGCUAAAAAGAUGCUGGCUGAGAUGGUCCAAGUCAGCAUGGAACAAAGUCUGAGGCAUUUACAGCAAAGGGCACUUGUAUGCACCCCAAGUGAACUUCCUAUAGCUGGCUGUGCUUCUGAAGUUUCUUUUAAGUAAUAGUUGCAGUUGGCCAACUCCUGUAUCUUUUUUCCUCAUCUUCCACCCUCUUUUGUUUUCCACUUGGGGCUUGUGAGAUAAAAUUUCCAUAGCAAAACGGAAAAAAUUAAGGAAAUAAUACAUUAUGAAUUAUGCCAGUCCAGGCCAUUGUGGAGAGGUAUCGAGUGACUGGUAAUUGUCAAUAAACUAAGUUGUAAGACAUAAAGAAACAUGGUUUUGUAGUUGGUUUGUAAAUAAACUGUUGUAUAAAUUUGACAUACAAAUAGUAAAGGCUCUUUGUUCUGUUAUUCUUGUUC